AUGUGCAGCGACUCAGGGCACGGUCUGAUCGAUUUAGAGUCCCCGGGGAAACAAGGGAAUUCCCUGAAAGGGUUAUUCAGGAUCAUAAUUUGUAUUCCAAAAGAUGAAUCUCUCUCUCCCUCUCCCCCCCCCCAGUCUGAGUUUUCCAGUGUCGCCAUCCUCCACCAGGCCAGGAGAGACCAUGUAGCUGAGUCAUGUCGGGCCCACAGUGCAUCCAGCCGCAAGCGCCGGGUCCUGACCCCCGGUGACCUCAAACACCUGGUGGUGGAUGAGGAGCAUGAGCUCAUCUACUGCUAUGUCCCCAAGGUGGCCUGCAGCAACUGGAAACGCGUCAUGAUGGUCCUCACGGGACGCGGCAAGUACAGUGACCCUAUGGAGAUCCCUUCCAACGAGGCCCACGUCCCGUCCAACCUGAAAUAUCUGAACCAGUACAGCAUCGCUGAGAUCAACCACCGCCUCAAGAGCUACCUCAAGUUCCUGUUCGUCCGGGAGCCCUUCGAGAGGCUCGUCUCCGCUUACCGCAACAAGUUCACCCUCAAGUACAACUCCUCCUUCCACCGCCGCUUCGGCACCAAGAUCGUCCGCCGCUACCGCAAGGACGCCACGCAGGAGGCGCUGCUCAGCGGCGCCGACGUCAAGUUCCGGGAGUUCGCCGAGUAUCUUGUCGACCCGGCCACCCAACGCGACGGCCCACUCAACGAGCACUGGCAGACGGUGUACCAGCUGUGCCACCCCUGUCACAUCCACUAUGACCUGGUGGGCAAGUACGAAACCCUGGAGGAAGACGCCAACUACGUUCUGCGGCUGGCGGGGGAGUCGCUGCGCUUCCCGACCUACGCCAAGUCCACCCGCACCACAGACAGCAUGACGGCCCAGUUCUUCAGCAACAUCAGCUCUCAGCAGCACGGCCAGCUCUUCCAGCUGUAUAAACUGGACUUCCUCAUGUUCAACUACUCCACGCCAAGCUAUCUGCGACUGGACUAACGACUAGAGGACCAGGACAUGACUAGCCAGCUGGGACUCUGGGCACGAUCCACUUUUAUUAAGAGAAGAAAAAAAGAACAGAGAAAGAAGAGAAUAGAUAUUUUUGCGGAAGCUUUAUUCAAAAACUGUCGUCGCUGUUUCUGGGGGGUGAACAGGAAGGACUGAGGUGAAUGGGAGGGACAGAGAUUGAGGAAAGGUGCUGGAUCCGAUUUGACGUGAAAGAUUCUUGGUUAUCCAAUCAGCAUUGUCCUGAAGGUGAAAAAGGAGGAAGUGGAGAUCCUAUAGCAUCAGAAUGCAGGGUUCGGGUGGAGCUGAUGUCAGAGGUUUUCUAAGAGGGGACAGAGGAGAGAAGCAGGACUCCUGGAGAGUGGUCGAUGUGUGUUCUGUAUGUACAUGAGGUGGGACUCUUGACCAAUUAGGCUGCUUUGGAAUCUGCACAGCAAACGGUGGCCUCGCAUGCACGUGCUCUGGCCCCAAAGCAUCAUGGGAGCUGAGCUUAUUUUAUAACGAACAAUAACGAAACUCCGUCAAAUUGUAAAACACACCCAUGUCCUUCAGUGUGCUGUAUCCUGGGUGUGUUUGAUACCACCCACCAAUUAUACAUUUGAUAAGUAAACUGGCUCUUGGCUCCACCUCAAGCCCUCCUCAUUAUAGCUGGCUAUGAACUUUGCUCUAAAAACCUCUAGAACCAUCAGGCGUAAACAGUGGAGCUACAAUUUACAGCCAACUGCUCUAAAGUAGUAGCUAUGCUGUCAAGAUCGCCAUCGUCAUAGGUGAAAAGAACUCCUGAAUCCUGAGGUUUGCCAGGUGAGGCCUCAGACUCCCACAGCAGGAUCUGAAAAGGCGGCCAUUUUAGAAAGACACUGAGCACCCUCGAGGCUUUGAGCCACAGGAAGUGGUCAGAAGGAGUGAUUGACAGGUGUUAGGUGCCUCCCACUGACCCAGAGAGGAACUGAAGAAGAGAUGGCCCGUGUGGCUGUGAAAGGGUUUAAGGGACAUGAUCUCAUAAAUCUGCCCACACCACGCCCCAAAACCAGGGAGGGCCAUAACCCUGCCUACGGGCCAUGCCCCCCACGACGACCAAUGUUUUCAUCAGACAAUAAAAGCAAGACAUUGCUGCGAGCAGCAAUAAAAAAUAUUAUUUAAAUUACUUUUACUGUCGGGGGUGGGUGUGGUGGAUGAGAGAGAGGAAGAUUUUAAUAUUUGUUUUCUUGGCAGAUUUUUUUAAAAGAUAAAAUUGUUUUUAUGAGUUUUGUUUUUCAUGUUUUUUGUCCUGAGUUGCCUCCGGUACACUGUUAAUGGUAACAUUUUAAUUGUCUUCCUUUUUCCCGAAGGGCGUACAAUACAAUAAAGUUAGGUCCAUGGCUUUGGUUUCUCUGUGCGUGAGAACUGGGAUAUCCCAUGGGAUUUAGAGUUAUUCCCUCUCUCCCCCUUAGUCAACUGAGUCUGGUGCCAAAGGGUUGGAACACUGCCAAUGACAGAAAGGGACAGUAAACUCAACUCAUCAGUACUUUUCGGUACAUCCAAUAAUUUACAAAACAUUUACAAUCCUGUGAUUGAAAACAAACUAUAGCAUGAAAAAAGUAUUCUACAUACAUAUCUACAGUGCAGACUACUGCUCAGAAUCAGAAACAACAGCAGUGGUUGACUUCAUAAUAAUCGAUAAUAGAACCGUCUACCUUUGAGUCUGGCGCUGAAAGUCAGGUCCGUGUCCGCCCUCCUCAGGUGAAAGUGCGGUGUAAUCAUUACUCUGUGUAGUCUAUGGGAUCACAGAGAGUCGUAUACACAGUGCAGGAGUGGGCGACGGAGGGAGAAAGAAGGCCACCUAAUUAGCCAAGCUGGGAGGGAGGGAGUCCUCUUUAUUCUUUACACCCCUUUGUCAUUCUUCCUCCAUUCAGGCUUCAAAGAGAGAGGGACGUUUAUUGGGAAAGUUGUGUAUUUUUAUGUUGCUAGGUCUGAGCAGAAGUAACAGCAGCACAGAGGAAAUGAUCACUACUAUAUUCAUCUGUUCCUCUGACCGUUAGUUUAGACAGGCGUGGUGACUAAUGACAGGCUCACCUCAUUUUGUCAUAGCUUCUAAAAUAUUGGUGGCAGUUGUGGUGUGUUUGCAUGUAUGUGUCGUUAUAAUUAGCAAACGGUUUGGAGGAACAAGGCCCUUCACAUAGCGCUCUGAUAAAGAGGAAGGCUAUUGGUUUGGCCUACAUCUCCGACCCCAUCCACUUACAGAAACAAUGGGAGCAUUCUGAGCUCUCACACACACACACACACACACACACCCGCUGAUGUUGAUGCCACGCAGCCUCUUACUCAGCAGCUGUACUCUAGUGAGGGUUGGUAAGUGAGGUACGGAGGGAGAGGGGGAUGGUUAGGGAGAGGGGGAUGGUUGGGUAUGGACACAUUUAAAACACCACACACUCAGCUUAUCUCUAACUGCCUAUUUAACCUCCAAAAUGAGACACUUUACGCAAAGGCUUCACAACUCUGCAAACAGUUAUGGAGUCCUCUCCUCUUUACUCCAACCUCUCUCUCAAAAUGGCCCCAUAUAAAAACAGAAGUGGGUUUUUGGACAGUGGCAGUGAUCUCUACCCUCACAACAGGAAAAGGGCAGGCUUCUUAUACAAACAGAGCUGUUAAAAUCCCACAGAAGCCCAGCCUAACGAUCCCUGUGGAAGUUCUGACCUGAUUCAAAAAAUAUAUAUAUUCUCCAUUCUUAUUCCAUAUCCUAGCUCACUCUACCUAUAAAUCCACCUGAUUCCAAUUCUGACAUGUCCAUUUAGUGUUCCUGUGCUGUAAGUAUUUAUUGACGAGUGUACGGGUAUAUUUAUGUUGGAGAACGACGUCUAUUGUUGGACUGAAUUACAUAUUUACUGUGUUGCUAAAUGCAGAAGCACAGGAAGUGCACGCCGCUCUGCACAUUCGUAAACAUAUCCACUCUGGGGCCGGGGGGUUCUAGCCAGAGAUAAGCAUGGAUGGGGCAGUUAUCUGUCAGUGUUUUUGGGGGGAAUUAUGUUUUUAUCUUUAUAUCUAUGAGAUAUUCUUAUCCAAUCCGUCUCUGUGCAACAGUGAAAACCUCCCCAUAAUGCCCAUGGAACUUCCUUUGUGUUACACAUAAAAGGGUCCCCAUGACGUUUCCUGCUGUUACGAAUUAGCCCUUUGGUACCAACUCUCAGACCAUGAGGCUUUUCAGAAAUUUUCGAAAUAUUGUCAACUGUUGAAAUCACUGGAAGGUUGUUAGAGCAGAUCUCCCACUCAAAAUGCACAGAAACCAAAGCCUGGAAUGGUAAUAGAGCUCUUUCCUUUCCCUAUCUUAAUUAUGGUUUUCCAUGUUCCUCUGUCAGCAACACUCCACAGCAGCUUCCACACUUUUCAUUGACCUCAUAGAAAUAUAACAUAUAGAUAGAACACAGUUUCUUAGAUAUGACCUGCAGCAUACGUAUGUUGAAUGGAACCAUGAUCAUUUUGUUCAUUUCAAUGAUUCUGUCCAAUCCAUUCUAUGGUUGCCUCCUACAUAGCCUAUAGUGACUGGAGUGCCCUGACCACAGGGCACUCCAGUCACCACAGACAGUACCUUUUUAUAGGGUCACCACAGAUAGAGUCAAUGGGUGCUGAAAUGAUCUGUGCCUUUUCAUUCCUCUCAUUGGAGCACUUUACUGUCAUCUGAUUGGUCAGUCCACACACACACUCUCCCUCAUCAACUGUCAGAUGAAUGUUGUAAAACAGCAUCCCACACACUAACACAGAUCACGUGUAGACUCAUGUGACCACAUCAAGAGGAUUUGCAAAUAGAGGGUUUUAGAAAUGCUUUCUCUGCUCAGAUCUUCCCUCCUCUCCUAAGCCUUCAGAUACUGAAUGGUUUUCUGUGGCUCUGUGUUGCUCAGAGGUUGUACGUACACCCUUCAAAUCCACACUUCAACCCUCAGAUCUCUGUGUGCUAGUUUCAGUGUUCUCAUCCGUUGCCAGAUGGUGAGAGUGUGUUGAGGUGUGUUCACUUAAAUCAAUGUUGUUGACAGUCUAGGCUGGCUACUCUGCUGUUAGAUACCAUGUCAUCGGCCGGCUUGUGUCGGAGAGGUCACUAUGUGCUGUACCAACGAGUGUGUGUCUGAGCUGUGUGUGUGUGUAUAUAUAUAUAUAUAUAUAUAUAUUGGAGGUCGCUCUGUACUGUAUUGUACCUGCUCUGCCUUAGAGUAACUCCAGGAACUCAAACAGGCUACGUUGUAUUUAUUUAUUCAUUCACCAACGACUACACAUAACAUUCCUCCUGGUGGUCUCCAUGGCAACACACCUGGACUUUUCUCACGGGACAGACUGUUGGUUCAUCGUCAAGGCCCUCUCACCAGAAACAUGAAUAAUUGAAUAUAUUGACUGCAGGUAGUGGGAGAGGAGUUGUGAUUCCCCCAGCAGUGUUCAUUCUGGUUCAUUCUGUCUGAUGUUUUCACAAUAAAACGCCUCAAACUCAAACCCAGAUGCCCCGGACUACUGUUUUUUUCUUCACUCU